CCAUUCCUUGCAGCUAUUGAGUAGCGUUGACGUGCUGUAUUUAACAUUCUUAACAGGUUACGGUUGCCUAGAUUGGCAAAAAUGGUGUGUGAGAAGUGCGAGAAGAAGCUCGGAAAAGUCAUCACCCCGGACCCGUGGAAAGCCGGAGCUCGGAACACAACAGAAGGUGGUGGCAGGAUGAUCAACGAAAACAAGGCGCUGACAGCGAAGAAGGCCAGAUUCACGCCUUAUGGAAAGUUCGCCGAGUGCCGUAUUUGUCGCCAGAAGGUGCACCAGGUUGGGUCCAACUACUGCCAGGGGUGCGCCUACAAGAAAGGCAUCUGCGCUAUGUGCGGGAAAAAGAUCCUGGAGACCAAGAACUACAGGCAGUCGUCGACUUGAAACGUGUGCGUGCUUCUGUUCGCAUGACUCGACUUCUACAACACCGUCACCGGAUCUGCAGCCUGCUUUUGUGACCCGUCGUGGAGUGCGUAGCACUCGGAAAAUGACGAUAGAGGCUCCCGGUGUGUUUGUUGUUCCAAAGUUGUUUAUUCACAUGUAAAACAUAUUUACAGACUUCCACCCAUGAACUGAGUCGUCGUUUACUAUGCGCCCCCCGCCCUCCUUUUUUUUUUCCCCCAUACAGGCCUACUGUUCGAACACGAUCAGACAAAAUAAGUCUCGUUUCUUUUGGUAAAGGCCUAGUAGCUGUAAUAAAUAAAUAUGUACAAAAGCUA